AUGGACCUGUUCAGGGUGAGGUUGAACUGCAUCGACCACUACCAGGCGACACCAACACGUUACGACCCUCAGCUUCGCAAUGACAUAGGCCCUGCACAAGCCAAGAAGGGCCCCAAGGUCCCGGUCGUUAGAGUUUUUGGUUCAACGGAAACUGGCCAGAAAGUAUGCGCUCAUAUACAUGGGGCUUUCCCGUACUUGUACGUCGAGUAUCAAGGCAGCUUGGAGCCAGAGGAUGAUAAUGCCAAGUUCGUGGCGCGAAUCACCCUUGUGAAGGGUAUUCCCUUCUAUGGCUUCCAUGUCGGCUACAGAUUCUUUCUGAAGAUCUACAUGUUCAACCCGAUCGUCAUGACAAGGCUGGCCGACUUGCUUCAACAGGGUGUCAUUUUGAAGAAGAAGUUCCAGCCUUACGAAGCGCACCUUCAGUACUUGUUGCAGUUCAUGACAGACUACAACCUGUACGGCUGCGGGUAUCUGGAUGCGUCCGACGUCUUCUUCAGAGGCCCAAUACCGUCUUACGAUGUGGAAGGAAACUCCCAGCACCUCUGGCACGACCAUUCUAUCCCAAGAGGCCGUGUACUGGAGGACUUGAGCUUGCCCAGGGUCAGUCAUUGCUCUGUCGAAGUUGAUAUUUGCGUGCAAAAUAUCAUCAACCGCCGGAUGGUGAAAGAACGCAGGCUUCAUCAUGACUUUGAGGAACGAUUGAAGCCGCUUCCUGCGGAUGUCAAAUUGGUCUACAGCAUGGCAGGGCUUUGGAAGGAUGAGACUCGCCGGCGGAAGUUGAAGAUGCCAAACGCAGACCCUGGCAGCAGUCCCUUUCCAGCUGAAGUUCUGAUCUCGAUGUCAGCAAAUGCACGCGACUCGCAGCCGCAAGGAUGGAUUCACGAAGAGGAGUACCAAGAAGAAGUGGUCAGGCUCAUCGAAGCCGAGAAGGACCCAGAAGACAUAUCAGAGCCAAACUUCGACACCUUUGUUGAGCACAAACCCCUGGAAUCCAAUGUCAAAACAGCGCUCCAGUCUGUGGAAGAUUUGUACCCGACGAAUCUCUUGCCCGCCUUAGGUUUGCCUUCCAACCACGCCCCAUCAAACCAAAACCCCGCGAGCAGUAUCGAAGUCGACGAACAGGGCGUUCUUGCACUAGGCGGUGAAGACUUUGACCCAUUUCCGGUCGAUUCUGACGAGGAGGCCCUCAUGCAGUUGGACGAACUUGGUCUGAAGAAGGGUGACCAAUUGGACCCGGCUGCUGAAAAUGAGAGUAAGAGACCGGGGCGUCAAAAGCCGAAAACAAAUGUGGCAGGUAAUAAGGCCAAUGGAGAUCAUGUUGUGAAGGCUCCAAACAACACAGUGAAGGGCCUGAGAGAUCCUUCGCUCCCACCAUACGAGGGCAUCUGUACAAGCAGGCUCAAAACUGGCACUCCGCCUGUAAUGCCUGUUUGGCAGGAGUUGCUCGAUGCCGCCGAGGCGGAGGGUCUCGUUUCCAGAUCGAAGGAAGAGGCACGCUCAAGCACGCAACGGAAAGUGGCAGUAAAGAGGUCGGUGUCACCUCAUCCAGCGGCGCCUUCAAUCAAACGUACCCGAACAGACACCACAGAACCAUCAAAACAACCACGUUCUGCGCCUCCUGUCGCCACAAAAGCGUGCCUUCCAGCAGAAGGAGACUCGGAAAUGAAACAGGUUGUGAUGCUUCCUUCCAUCUCCCAAGCCAACCCCCGCUCUUCUCAAGGCCCUGAUGGGAAGCCGAUGGCGAAUCAACAAUUGUCCUUCCCGGUAGUCAAGAGCCAGGAAGACCCAACCACCAGGCUUCGACUGAGCCAAAAGAGCCAGCCUCGGGGGUCCCAGCAAGAGCAGAAAGAGUCCCAGAAGCACGUGUCCUUCAACCUCGCUCCAGAUACCGUAGGUACCAAGCUUGACUCUAACCCUACACCCAAGAAAGUCCGUAUCGCGAGUCCGCCCAAAGAUUCGACUGGGACGGAAACUCUGCUUCAUCGAGCGCAGACGGCGCUCGGGGCUUUCUCAAACAAGAGACAAUUCAUCAUCGGAACGCUGCCUCCCGUUCUCAAGGAUAUCACGUCAUCGUUGAAGGACUUGCAAAUACCCGAUGCGAUCUACCAAGAUGCAUAUUACAGCGAGGAAAAGGAUGUUCCUCCUCGGCCACGAGAAUAUGCUGGUCGGGAGUUCCGGCUCGAGAGCAACACGCUGCCCUACCUUGCAGACUUUGAUCCGUCUGGAACGUCUGCAGCAAGUGUGGGAAUGAAGCCAGACACGCCGUAUGAUAGGACCAAGACAGACCAAGCCUAUGAGGCGCAAGGUAGGAUUUGCUCAUACCGAAGCUGGGAGCUAGCUCAACCACCGCCAUCAUUUAAGGAGGUGCAAGAAUGGUGGGAGAAGAAGCAUCCUCCGAAAAAGGGCCCGAAGAAAAUCGAUGGAAAACUUGCAGGAACCCCGCAAGCUUCAAAACGCUACCUUUCUCAAGUCGACGGCCCUACGCCAAAGAACAAGCAUGGUUUCAAGUACUCGCCGAAAAAGAAGUCAACGAGCGUCAAACAUGAGGCUCAGUAUAUGAGUACCAUGGCUUUGGAGGUGCAUGUCAACACGAGAGGCAAGUUUGUCCCGAAUCCUGAAGAGGACGAGGUUCAAUGCAUCUUCUGGUCUAUCAAGGCAGACGGCACGAUUAGCGCUAGCCAGGACGUGGCUGGCGGCAUUAUUGCUGGUGUUGUCGUUCUUUCACCCGAUGGUGAGCUUGCUGCGCGGAUGAGACGAUACAUCGCAGCAGAAAUCUUGGAAGAGUCAUCUGAGCUGGAUCUUAUGGUCCGCAUGGUGGAGAUUGUCAGGGCCCACGAUCCUGAUAUCUUGACGGGCUACGAGGUCCACGGCAGUUCAUGGGGCUACCUUAUUGAGAGGGCCCGACUCAAGUACGAUUAUGACCUCUGCGAUGAGUUUUCUCGUAUGAAGAGCAACUCCCAUGGCCGAAUCGGAAAAGAGAAUGAUCGUUGGGGCUUCAACACGACUUCAACUAUUCGUGUCACAGGGAGACAUAUGAUCAACAUCUGGCGAGCCAUGCGAGGGGAGCUGAAUUUGCUUCAGUACACCAUGGAAAACGUAGUGUGGCAUGUGCUCCACCGCCGCAUACCUCACUAUUCCUGGAGAACCUUGACGGAAUGGUACAAGAGCAGCAAGCAACGGGAUCUCGAUAAGCUGCUGCGCUACUAUCUUGCUCGCACACGGAUUGACAUUCAGAUCCUAGAAUCAAACGAACUGAUUCCUAGGACCAGUGAGCAGGCCCGACUGCUGGGAGUAGACUUCUUCUCCGUGUUCUCCCGUGGCUCGCAGUUCAAGGUCGAGUCUAUCAUGUUCAGGAUCGCCAAACCCGAGAACUUCAUGCUUGUCUCUCCUAGCCGAAAGCAGGUCGGUGGUCAAAAUGCACUUGAGUGUCUCCCACUGGUUAUGGAGCCUCAGAGCGCAUUCUACAACAGCCCACUCCUGGUGCUCGACUUCCAAAGUCUGUAUCCCAGCGUCAUGAUCGCUUAUAACCUCUGCUACUCAACCUUCCUCGGCCGUAUUGUCAACUGGAGAGGGAUGAACAAGAUGGGAUUCACAGAGUAUCAGAGACACAAGCGACUUCUGGAGCUCCUGAAAGACCACAUCAACAUUACCCCCAACGGGAUGAUGUAUGUGAGGCCUGAGAUUCGCAAGUCUUUGCUCGCAAAGAUGCUUGGUGAGAUCCUGGAAACUCGAGUCAUGGUGAAGAGUGGGAUGAAGCAAGACAAGGACGACAAGACGUUGCAGCAAUUGCUUAACAACCGACAGCUCGCACUGAAGCUCCUUGCCAACGUCACCUACGGUUAUACAUCGGCGUCCUUCUCCGGUCGGAUGCCAUGCUCCGAAAUCGCCGACAGCAUUGUGCAAACAGGAAGAGAAACGCUGGAAAGAGCAAUUGCGUUUAUCCACUCACAAGAGCGCUGGGGGGCUGAAGUUGUGUACGGUGACACUGACAGUCUGUUUGUCUACCUCAAGGGCCGGACCAAAGACCAAGCCUUCGACAUUGGCAACGAGAUCGCCAAGGCUAUCACCGACAUGAACCCGCGGCCUAUCAAACUUAAGUUCGAGAAGGUUUACCACCCAUGCGUGCUGCUUGCGAAGAAACGCUACGUGGGCUACAAAUACGAGAGCAAGAAUCAGGUCAAGCCAGACUUUGAUGCAAAAGGUAUCGAGACUGUCCGACGAGACGGUACGCCUGCAGAGCAAAAGAUCGAGGAGCAGGCGCUCAAGAUUCUCUUCGAGACGGCGAACCUGAGCGAGGUCAAGUCGUAUUUCCAGAAACAAUGCGAAAAGAUCAUGCGUGGGUCCGUCUCGGUCCAGGACUUUUGCUACGCGAGAGAAGUCAAGCUCGGAACAUACAGCGACAAAGGCCCACCGCCGCCCGGCGCGCUGAUUAGCACCAAAAGGAUGCUCGAAGAUGCUCGAGCAGAGCCACAGUACGGAGAACGAGUGCCUUACGUGGUUAUCACUGGUGCCCCAGGAGCGCGUCUUAUCGACCGCUGCGUUGCCCCGGAAGACCUCCUCAAGGACUCGCACUCCCAGCUAGAUGCGGAAUACUACAUUUCGAAGAACCUCAUCCCGCCGCUGGAGAGGAUCUUCAACCUGGUGGGCGCUAACGUCCGGCAGUGGUACGACGAGAUGCCCAAGGUGCAGCGAAUCCGUCGCGUCGACCAGACACUCGGUGGUGGGAUGGCCAAGAAAACUCUAGAAUCGUAUCUGAAGUCUGCAUCCUGCAUCUCAUGCAACGCCAAAAUGCAGGUGGAGGGCGUCUUGUGCCCGAAGUGCGAGCAAGACGCGCCGUCGUCUCUCUUCAACCUUCAGACGCGCCUGAAUCACGAAGAAAGAAGGUACAUGGAAGUGGUCAGAAUCUGCCGAAGCUGCUCGGGACUCCCUGCGGCAGACGACGUCCCUUGCGACAGCAAAGACUGCCCCGUGUUCUACUCGCGCGUCAAGCAAAGCACGAGACUCAAGACAGAGAAGAGCGCAUUGGAUCCGGUCAUUCAGGAACUAGUACUAAAGGCAGGGAAGGGAUCGUUGGAAUGGUGA